AUGGCAACACCGCUAACAUCGAGCGUAACAGAAACCCGCCGGACUCAAGAGCCGACCUCAGAACCUAUGCGCUCAAACCAAGGUAAAGAAACUUACGACGGCCAGCACAGAAGUGCAGGGGAGAAGGCCCGUUGUAAGAGAAGGGCAAAUAAUCCGGCUGAGCUCGGCCCACCAUCUGACAGCCCCAGGUUUAUGCAGGGGGAACACAGGACGAAGAAGUUUGAAGACCACAGUUUCCAGGAUGCGAGCGAGAACUAUGCCAGGAAGCUAAGGCACAAAACCAAACCAGACAGAUACGAAUACAAGGAUGCAUCUAAGAAGCCUCCGAACGAACGGGAGUCCAAAGGAAGGAUCAAGAAAAAGUCGGCAACUCUGCUGAACCACGAAUUUCAAGCACCAAACGUGGCCAUCGAAAGAUUGACCCUGAACUCCAAUUCCGGGCCCGGCUUUCUGGCCAAAGCAAAAUCUUCAACCGACGUGGGCAAGAAGGGGUUGCCAGAUCUAACCUUCUCGGAAAUGGCAUUCCUCAAAAGAAAGAGACAGGAUGACGAUGCGCGCUUUGCAAAAUUGAAAGAACAAAAUCAGAGAAAGAAAGGUCGCAAAUCGCCAAACCAAGAGAUAUCAGAGUUCUUUUCUCGACCAACAGGGUGGAGGGAUGAAGGGAAAUGUUUGCGAAACCCGCCUUCGACUGACUCCUACGUCUCAUGUUCAGUCUCCCCACCGCAGAAGCGAGCACCACCGUUGACAUACCGGCAAUUGAGUGCAGUCACACGGUCAAACAAAUCAGAAAACGCACGUCUUCACGAAGCCCACCGCCUGAUUGCCCCUUCAAAGAUUCGUCUGACGAGCUCCGUCGCCAAUACUUUUCUGGAAGGGUUUACAACUGAUGCACUCCUGCACGGCGUCGAGGAAUUUACUCACAGAAGAAAGAGAUAUUACUCGUUGAAUGAUUUGAAGAAGCUAGCUGCGCAGGCCGACUCGAACCUAGCUGGCGAUGAGGGAAUUCGGCGUGAUAUUGCAACUGUGCACAAUGUCAACGCAUCAACCAAUCAUUUGCAGACGUCUAUACAUCCGUCGCGAGAGGACUCGCCUUGCCCAAAGGAUUGCAACAAUAUGAGGCCUGAUCUUCCGGGUGUGCAGCCCUCGAACAACAGGCGAGCGCUGAGGCACCCAGGCAGUGAUAAGCAGGAUCUUAAUCGAAUGGCAUCGUACACAUCUGCGGCCUUGGAACACCUUGAUAGCCCUACCUUUUACCCUCGGCCUUUCUGGAAGGGCUUUGUGGAAAAGCCAGGGUCAUCUUGCGGGGUCCACCACUCACGAGAUCGGGUUGGCGACGGUGAACUCUCGCUUUAUGCAGACGGCAAUCUUGAGUUACAAGGAUAUGCCGCUGAUGUUGCGCAGUCUGAAGUUCCGCCGCCAGGAAGGCCAGCUAUCGCCGGCAACUUCAUGAACGAAACCGAGGCACUCCAAACUAUUGCUCCUUCCUCCGGCGAGUUGGACGAGUUUGACACAAAACUGUUGCGAUUCGGCGCUGAGUUGGCGCAAUCGGCAUCGGCAGCCAUGGUCGACCGAGAGAGCGAUCUGUCCAAGGUCGAAGUCGAAAAGCCUUUACGAGACGUAGGUGGCGACCAGCGCGAAUCUUUGGUCGGCAGUGCUGUAGAUCGUCACCGUGCUAACGACUCAUUCGGCAGCCGGGAUAUGCACGAUGUAAUACCAAUGAACAGUUACAUGUUCCAUGACGGCCAGGAGUUGUCUAAACCGAAUUGUCAUGUGCCUCAGGAUCUCACCGACGGAUUCUCGGGGUUCUCUCGGCGACAUGUUCUAUAUUGA